GCGACUCCGUGUGUCGGUGAAAAGAAACGCUCUGGAAAGCGGAGAGCAUCGAGCUCUGUGUCUUAUUUCCUGCCGACUCCCCGUCAGCUCUCAGUGGACUGAGACCUACAACGGACCGGCGGAAGAUUCGUCUCCCAUGGGCGACUAAACUGGGGGAAGAUCCUCUUUAAUCUUUUUGCGGAUAUCGAUCGUGAGUUUAAUACCGAACAACCUAUCCAGUCUAGCACUGCUUUUAGUCAGCUACUCGCCUAACGUUAUCUAGCUACCAACCCAGGGAGGACAACCAAGCUAGCGUCAGCUUGCUGCUGCUGUGCUGGAAAAAAAGAAGCGGAGAGGGACUCGUAACAGCGGCGCACCGGGCUUUUACUCACUUGAUCCAUGCAAGAAGGCUUUCAUAGCGCUGGAAAAUUGAAAAGGAAAACGAGGCCCCACUCGGCGAACUCUGUUCCCCGCGUUUGAAUGAGACUGCCGGGGCUCAGGGACUGAAGAAGGUGGUCCGUGGGUCAGCGGGGGGGAGAAUCAAUGCCAAGCCCCUCCCCUCCUCAGACGGCCUGGUGAAGGUGCAGGAGGUAGCAAGCUGGCUGUUGGAAAUGAACCAGGAUCUGCUGUCUGGGGGCAGCAGGCGGCGGAGGCCCGGGGGCUCGGGGAGAGGUAGCGGCUCCUCGGCCCGGGCGCCCCACGAGACCGGCGAGGAGGCCGAGGAGGAGGAGCACAUGGACCGGGUGGUGGAGGAGGAGGAGGAGGAGGAAGAGGAGGAAGAGGAGGAGGAGGAGGGUGAGGAGGAGGAGCAGCAGCUGCCCCCGGAGCAGGGCCAGGCCGGGGAGCAGGAGCCCUGGUCCUCCGGGGCUGUGGGAGACUGUGAGGGCCAGGAGGCGGGGGACCCCGAGAGCCGGGUGAACGGGGACGAGAAGGGGGCCCGCUGGAUGUGGGGGCCCGAGCAGCGGCAGCGAGACGAAGAGGAGGACGAGGAAGAGGAGGAGGAAGAGGAGGAGAACAACAACAGCAGCAGCUGCCUCCACGCUGAGGAGCAGGCCCGGGAGGAGGACCAGCAGGGACACCGCGGCGACCGGCAGGACGAGGGAGAGGAGGACGAGGAGGAAGAGGAGGAAGGGAUGGACCAGGAGAGCGAUGACUUUGAGCAUUCUGAGGAGGAGGAGGAGGAAGAAGAGGAGGAAGAGGAGGAGGGUGAUGAAGGAGAAUGCUCUCCCUCCCUCAGGAACAAUGUGGCAGACCCUAACGACAACGUGGACACGUCCUCGGGACGGCAGCACCCGACUCCGCCCUCGCUGUUCGAGAAGAAGGUGCAGAUGAAGAGGAAGUUGGACCAUGGCCCAGAGGUCCGAUCUUUUCCUUCAGGAAAGAAGCCCUGCAUAGGUCCAGAGUACCCGAGUCCUGCAGGGCUGGUUCCGUACCCGGCCACGCCCACCACGUUCGGGGACUUGCGGGCGGCCAAUGGGCAGGGCCAGCAUAGACGGCGCAUCACCUCCAUCCAGCCCCCCGCCGGGCUUCAGGAAUGGCUCCGCACUUUUCAGAGCUGGACCGGCCCUGAGAAGCUCCUGGCUCUGGACGAGCUCAUCGACAGCUGCGAGCCCACGCAGGUCAAGCACAUGAUGCAGGUGAUCGAGCCGCAGUUCCAGAGGGACUUCAUCUCCCUGCUGCCCAAAGAGCUGGCGCUGUAUGUGCUCUCGUUCCUGGAGCCCAAGGACCUGCUGCAGGCUGCGCAGACGUGCCGUUACUGGCGCAACCUGGCCGAGGACAACCUGCUGUGGAGGGAGAAGUGCAAAGAGGAGGGUAUCGACGAGCCCCUGCCGCCCAAAAGGAGGAAGCCCCUCAAGCCCGGCUUCACCCACAGCCCCUGGAAGAGCGCCUACAUCAGGCAGCACAGGAUAGACACCAACUGGAGGAGAGGAGACCUCAAAUCGCCCAAGGUGCUCAAAGGUCAUGAUGACCACGUCAUAACCUGCCUUCAGUUCUGUGGCGCCCGGAUCGUCAGCGGCUCGGACGACAACACGCUCAAAGUCUGGUCGGCCGUGACAGGCAAGUGUUUGAGGACGCUGGUGGGACACACAGGUGGUGUGUGGUCGUCCCAGAUGAGGGACAACAUCAUCAUCAGCGGCUCCACGGACCGUACGCUGAAAGUGUGGAACGCAGAGACGGGCGAGUGCAUCCACACGCUGUAUGGACACACGUCCACGGUGCGCUGCAUGCACCUGCACGAGAAGAGGGUGGUGAGCGGCUCCCGGGACGCCACGCUGCGGGUUUGGGACAUCGAGACGGGCCAGUGUUUACACGUCCUCAUGGGCCACGUGGCAGCGGUGCGCUGCGUGCAGUACGACGGCCGGAGGGUGGUCAGCGGGGCCUACGACUUCAUGGUCAAAGUGUGGGACCCGGAGACAGAGACCUGCCUGCACACGCUACAGGGGCACACCAACAGGGUCUACUCUUUACAGUUUGACGGCGUCCACGUGGUGAGUGGGUCUCUGGACACGUCGAUCCGCGUGUGGGACGUGGAGACGGGGAACUGCAUCCACACGCUGACGGGGCACCAGUCCCUCACCAGCGGGAUGGAGCUGAAGGACAACAUCCUGGUGUCCGGGAACGCCGACUCCACCGUCAAAAUCUGGGACAUCAAAACGGGCCAGUGCCUACAAACGCUGCAAGGUCCCCACAAGCACCAGAGCGCCGUCACCUGCCUGCAGUUCAACAAGAACUUUGUGAUCACCAGCUCAGACGACGGCACGGUCAAGCUGUGGGACCUGAAGACGGGCGAGUUCAUCCGCAACCUGGUGACCCUGGAGAGCGGGGGCAGCGGCGGGGUGGUGUGGCGCAUCCGCGCCUCCAACACCAAGCUGGUGUGCGCCGUGGGCAGCCGCAACGGCACCGAGGAGACCAAGCUGCUGGUGCUGGACUUCGACGUGGACAUGAAGUGAGCGGAGGCCCGGAGGGGCGACCAAACCACGGACGCGCCGCGUCAAGACACUGGGACGGCCCCCCCCCCCCGCCCCCCUCCCUCCCUCCCUGCCCGCCCGAGCCGGAGACGUUAGCGCCCGCGCUGCCGCCGGAGCGGGCGGGGCAGGCGGGCGGCAGCCGCGGGGACCGCCAGGACGGGGGGAGAGGAGAAAAGGAGGGGGAAAAGAAAAUGGCGUAAAAGAUGUCGUGGAAGCUCUCCGGUGACUUCCUGCUGUAAGUCCGGCAGCUCUGUGCAGAGACUUGCGUGCUCAAGCCUGAUGAAAACUGUUCAGAUGUAUAAAUAUAUAUAAACAUAUAUAUUUUUCCCCACAACAACAGCCAAGCAGAUUUAUGGAAUCGCUGAUGUAUACAUUUAAGUCCAGAGGGAAGGAAACUGAAGUUGUCAUGUAAGAAAUGGUAAAUAGUGUAUAAAAAAUAUUAAAAACUAAAACUUUAAAAAAAAAAAAGAAAGAGCUUCUUAUUGUGGAAAAAUACAAGAUAGUUUUUUUUGUUUUUUUUGUUUUUUUUUUGCCAAGAUCUGAUUGACUGUCAGACCAGGAUGCCCCCCUGUCUCAAUGCAGCCCUUAACUUUUGUUGUUUAUUUUUAUUACGGUUUCUCACCCACUCUGUUUUUUCUUUUGUUUCCUGGUUUGAAUGCCACAGGUAAAUGAGACUGUGAAUUUCAGUUUGUUUGUACCUUGGAGAGAUUCAGUGAAAGAUUCAUAUUCAGAGUUUCUGCCUGCUGUUGCCAACCAGUCAGUCCCAGUAUUAACCCACUUUCUCUUUGUUUUGCCGUUUCUUACUAUAUAUUUUGUUUGUGUGCGCGUGCGCGUUUGUGCGUUUAAACAAACUGAAGCUGGAUGUAUUGCCGUGGAGGGGCGGGCCUGAGGUUUGGAGUGGGAGACCCGGGUCUGUUUCUCAGCGUUGGUGCUACGCGUGGGAACGGGGAGAGGUUCUCUCUCCAAGCUGACGGGAAUAGCGCCCCCUACUGCCCACCCCCUACCCCCCAGUACUGUAUACCCAGUGGCCAAACUGAAUGCUGCUAAACGACAGGAAAGGUGGAACUCUUUAUUUUGCUGUGACGUUUUAGUCCCAGGCUAAAUUCCAAAUUGACUCUCGUUUGGAUGUUUUGAAAAACCAGAAAACAUGGGAAAACACGUUUGUUUGUUUUUUUUUCUGUUCGUUUUAUUUUAUCUUUUUUGUUUGCCACUCAAACAUUGAGCCACCGUGCCUCUACGAGGCAGUUAGGGAAAGAGUAUCACAGACUGACAGAUGGAUUUUUAAAAAAAAUUUCUCGGAGUGUGUGUGUGUGUGUGUGUGUGUGCCUGCCUGCCUGUGUGUGUGUGUGUGUGUGUGUGUGUGUGUGUGUGUGUGUGUGUGUGUGUGUGUGUGUGUGUGUGUGCGUGUGUGUGCACGUGUGCACGUGUGCACGUGUGCGCGUGUGUGCGUGUGUGUGUCCGUACACGGGCACGUGUGUGCGUUUCUGGUGCAAAUUGUGAAGACAUUCCUAAGGACAAGGUCCCUGGCCUGUUCCGUGGGGAAAUUUACACUUUGAGGGCCGUGGGGAAAAGGAUCAGGGCGGCGGGGAGAGAACAGAUAUGAACGGACGUGUCAAUGAGAGCAGCGCGUACGAGUGAGACUGCGCACAUCGUGCACAGCCCGGCGGCCCCUCAAACGCAUCGGCCUGAAGCUGGACAUGCCGGGAGCGCGUUAGCGUAGCGCGCGGGGCUAGCCGUCAGCCUUACGCCCGCCUGCUCCCUCCCCACGUCCCCGAUAGAACGACAUCGCAGGCCAACACUGAAAAUAUCAUAGAGUAGCCAGUUGAUUUGUCUCAUUCAACCAGGAGUCACAACUCAAGCUGAACUGUGAAAGUGGUGUAACACUGUAUAAACAAUCCUGUUUUCUUUUUGCUAUCCGUUAUUUUUAUUUUUUCCCCCGUUUAAUUUAUAAUCUGGUUUGUGAAAUCAGAUGUUGCAGGGUGUUUUUUUGUUUUGUUUUUUUGUUUUUCAGUUCAUAUAACUGCCUGAUGUAACAGACAGGAAAAAAAAACACUUAAAGGGAUCCUGUAUUUGAUUCACUUAGAAUUUUUAUUUUCUUAAAACUUAAGUGCAAUAAAAUGUGGGUUUUUCUUUUUUCAUUUCAAGCAUUUCAGGUGUCUGUAUUUGUCACUGUGUUCAAUAAAGCCUCUACAGUCUA